CACAGGCAACAUGCUGCGCUUUCUGGUCUUCGCCACCCUGGUCCUUUAUGGACACAGCACCCAGGAUUUUCCGGAAACCAACGCCCGGGUAGUAGGAGGGACUGAGGCCCGGAGGAACUCCUGGCCCUCUCAGAUUUCCCUCCAGUACCUGUCCGGAGGUAACUGGUACCACACCUGCGGAGGGACCCUCAUCAGAAGGAACUGGGUGAUGACAGCCGCUCACUGCGUGGACAACCAAAUGACCUUCCGUGUGGUGGUGGGAGACCACAACCUGAGCCAGAACGACGGUACCGAGCAGUAUGUGAGUGUGCAGAAGAUCGUGGUGCAUCCAUACUGGAACAGCAAUAAUGUGGCUGCCGGCUAUGACAUCGCCCUGCUGCGCCUGGCCCAGAGUGUUACCCUCAACAGCUAUGUCCAGCUGGGUGUGCUGCCACAGGCAGGGACCAUCCUGGCUAACAACAGUCCCUGCUACAUCACAGGCUGGGGCAGGACCAGAACCAACGGUCAGCUGGCCCAGACCCUGCAGCAGGCGUACCUGCCCACCGUGGACUAUGCCACCUGCUCCAGCGCCUCCUACUGGGGCUCCACUGUGAAGAACACCAUGGUGUGCGCUGGAGGAGACGGAGCACGCUCUGGAUGCCAGGGUGAUUCUGGGGGCCCCCUCCACUGCUCAGUGAAUGGCCAGUAUGUCGUCCAUGGGGUGACCAGCUUUGUGUCCAGCCAGGGCUGUAAUGUUGCCAGGAAGCCCACAGUCUUCACCCGAGUCUCUGCUUACAUCUCUUGGAUAAAUAAUGUCAUUGCCAGCAACUGAACAUCUUCCUGAGUACAAAAGGCAUCCCAAGAUGAUUCUUCAAUUCACAACAGAACUUGAGGCCAUCAAGAAAAAACAUUCCAGGAGACAAUUGAGCCAGAUACAGAAAAGCAAAUAAAACUGCAUAUACAUUA